AUGAAGAGCUCGGAGAAGCCAUCGGAGGCUCAUAUCGUCCUUCAUGCUGUCCAAGCCACUUCCGAAGGCGACUUGGACACAUUACUUCAACUCGUCAGAUGGCGCCCCGAUGUGCUUGCCCGUGACUUAACAUACCGAUUGGUACUCUCCUUCUACCCUGCCGACACCUCCGAGGCUGCACCUAUUGUGGCAUUUUUGAAGUCGCUUGGGGUACCCUCAGAGCCUCCGGAGAGCCCAGGAAAUCCGAGUCUCGACUCGUCAAUAUCUAGCCUGUCACGAAGCGAGGCGUCACGUCAAUGUCGCAUUCUAAGCCUGCGAGCGCUAGCUGAACACGCAUCUAUCCAUACCAAGAGCGAACUGGCCAACUUCGUCAUCGAAUGGGCGAGGCGUCUGGAAGAGCUCCAUGGGGCUAUACAACCGGCGGCGGAGUUCGUGGAGCAAUUCGUCAAAGACGACGUCGAUCUGCGACUGUGGUACGAAACAUACCUUGUCCCGCUACUACGACUGCAAUACGAGUUUUAUCCUGGCGCCUACAACGUUGUUGACCUGGAGAAAAUCGAGAACCUCUCUGGGGCGGAAGGCAUAAGCACACUUCUACAGUAUGCUGAGGGACAGCAGAACCCUUCUGUUCUGGCGAGAGAUCUGGACCAGGUGGUGUCCCCUUGGGUCAAUGGGGCAAACCGGGCGAAGAGGAGAAGACUCGAGCAUCAACCAGAAGAGGAUUCAUCUGAGGAGGUAUCGUGGGAGCCAGUGUACGCCUGGCUGAUCUCCUUGAGCGUGAAUAGGUUCGAUGUCGCAGCGAAGGCAUAUGUGGAAUGGACUGGUCCCGCCAGAAGCUCGCAAUCAGGAGACGAGGCUGCUGGUUAUGCACAGACAGGACUGGCUAUAAUCUAUGGAUGCCGUGAGGCAUCAACCGAUGCCUACGCAAUCUGCGGACAAGUGCUCGGCAAGGCUGCAGGGCUCGUUGGGCUCCUCCAAGUCGAACUUUCGCAUAGCGAGCCAGAGAUCUCACUACCCGAAAACACCACAAAAGGUCUCAAUGAGACGGAUUUACUGCACCAUUCGCUCCUUAAAAAGACGAACGGAUUCACUCGGCCGUCGGAAACUUCGAUCCUGCUAUUAGCUGGACUUCUAACCACUGCAAGGAUUUUAUCGGGAUACGGACUGGCAUGGACAAUAGCCGAUCUAGCACGCACCUGUGUAUUUGGUUCGGAACGGCGUCAUAAGGAUGAACUUCACCGACUGCUUCAACACAUUCCACUUCAGCGCCGAAGAGCAAUCGACUGGCGGUCGGUACGGCAGCAGAUACUAUAUCUUCAUUCCUGGUCGGCAAACCAGCAGACUGACGGCCGCGAAGGCCUAGCUUUCUUGUCACGACUAUCUCUCGAUGUGGUGGAGACACAAAUUCUUGACGCUCUCCUCAAGGCCGCUCAGUACAGCCUUGUUCAAGAGAUCUAUCUUACAAGCGCUUCUCCGCCUUUGUCCUCUUCCGAAGUCCAUUCCCGUGUAGUUGCAGCAAUCUACGAAGCCUAUGACAAUGCCAGCAAUGGCAAUAGAGACCGUGGUGGCAUGAAACGUGCGAACGAUAUCCUGAAAGUGUUUCGACCCAACUUUCCUCAAUCGUCAACUCUAACCGGGAUUGACUAUCUCAUCAAAGCGACUCACAGCCUGUCGUUCUACCAGCUGACCCUGCAACACGGAGUCCCCUUCAAGCCUGUCGCUAUUCGCGUCCAGAAAGAUCCGCUCACACUACUGGAGAAGGUCCUGGCACAGGAUGCAAGAGCUUACACCAAGCUGGACGACCUUUUGGAGAUAGCACGCAGUCUCGUCCGCGCUCAUAUUUCAGACCGGGGAAACAUGGUAGACGAUUCGGAACCGAUUGAGCUUCGUACUCUCUUGGCCGAACAAAGGGUCACCUACGCAGCGAUCAUGGCAGCGCUUGCUAUGAAUGAUUUUGACACUGCGUAUGCCUAUGUUACAACACGGUUGCACACUUCACCGGAGCAAUCUACGGCCGGCGUGUUCACUGACGACACAUCAUGGCGCGCGGCAUAUGCUGCCGGUAAAUACCGUCCCAGUGCAUCUCCGAAAAGUUUGAAUGCUCGCAUUGAUAGUCUAGCACAGCGUAUGGAACUCCUUUCCCGGGCCUUAUUGUUGGCACCAUCUGGAGAAGCACUCUCGGGAAUCCUAGCAACCUGGCGCCGUUACGAAGAAGAACUUGACGGCUUGAAGACGCAAGCUGUAGAGGAAGAGCGAGUGUUCGACGCAAAAGCAGACGCAUCACUCCCAGGAGCAUUCGGCAUCGAAGAUCGCGAAGCAGAUGUAGCUGAGACAAAGCGUGUAAUGGCACGGCGGAGUGGGCCAGCAGGAUCCGGCCCUUCUUAUGAGGAAGAGGCACCUAUGGGCCUGUUCGAUGUCGCUAGAGGCGCUGCUUCAGCCUUACGAAAAAGUGCUGCAUUUCCGCUCGGGGCGAACGGUUUGCGGGAUCUCAAAAUUAGCUCCGCCUCCAAUCCGCAAGACCUACAACGGGAGCAGGCUAGUUCGCCGACUUCAGAUGAUGGUAGAAGGCUGCGGAAGCGAGAUAUGGUGGCCAAUAUGGUGGGAAGCGGGUUAGGUUGGGUUCUUGGUGCUCAGCCGCAAGACCGAGUGGACUAUGGCGGUUGA